AUGCCAGCCAACGAUGGUUUCCUUGACCAACUGCCAAAAGAGCUUAGAGCUGAGGUCGAGAAGAUCAGUAAAUUGUUACCGGAAGCGCUUCCAAUAUUUGAACUUGUAUAUCAAGACGGACAAAACAACGGUAAUUCUAAAAGAAAAGCGCUAAAAACAGAUGUUUCUGGUAAGUUGAAUGAUAGCAAUGUAAUAUUUGAGCUCAAAGACAUAUCAUGUCUCUCGCCUGUUAGAAAGAAGUUAAAUAUGACUAUUUCAUUGGAUGCGGACUUCAAGCCUAUAAUUGUAUUCAACAAGAAUAAUAUUGCAGAAUUGAUCAUUAAAGAUUUAAAGGAUAGUGUGAACUAUGCAGUGUUUCUACCGUUUUCCGAAAAGAAGAAUCUGUUGUAUUUGUACAUGCGCUAUCAGAAUCCCGAUGGAACUAACCCAGAUCCAGUGCUCUUAACUAUGAAUAAAGAAGUUGUUUUAAAACAGUUUAAGGAUGCUUCUAAAGUACCACCAGAGGCAACAGAUUUCAGCGAGUGCAUGGAAUAUAUGAGAAAACAAGCUAUAUUGACGGGAUUUAGAAUUUCUGAUCCGUUUUCCAACUCUAAUGGCCCUCCAGCAUUCCAUGUCGAAUGCCACAGGGGAACUAAAGAAGGUACCUUAUAUUUCCUGCCUGAUCAUAUUAUAUUUGGAUUUAAAAAACCUAUUUUAACCUUUGAUUCUAAUGAUAUCGAAUCCAUCACAUACUCUUCUAUCACGAGGUUAACGUUCAAUGUCACCUUAAUCACCAAAAACCAGGAUAAGUACGAGUUUUCUAUGAUCGAUCAAUCCGAAUAUGCUCAUAUCGACGAGUAUGUUAAACGGAAGCAAGUGAAGGAUAAGUCAAUGAGUGAUGAAUUGAAAGCAAAAACAACUGCAAAGUCGCAGCAGGCCGGAGAACAAUCUGCGUUGAAGGAAGCUACGCAACAGCUGAAGGAACAGAGCUCAAUUAAGGACAUACCUUUAGAUUCAGAUGAUGAAGAAGAAGAUGGUAACUUUGAAGAAGGAAGUAGUUCCGACAGAAGUGACGAGGAUUCCGAUUCAGAAGAUGAACAUCGCGAUGCAGAGCACGACGCCGAUGAUGAUAACAGUGAGGAGGAUCAACAGGCACAAGAUCAAUUCGAAGGUCCACAGGACAUCCCUUUAAUAAUAGAUGAGGAUGAAGAAGAAAACGAUAGUGAUAUAAUAGAAGCAGAUGAGGAUUCUGGUGUCGAAUACCACUAA